CGCGCCACAGUAACAGGAGAGUAUAGUGUGAUAAUAAUUGAAUCGAAUAAGGCACAUUCGACUUUGAACCGAACUGAACAUUAAUUUUAUCAUUUGCAAAAUUAUUGUUUAUUGUCGGGUUGUGUAAAUUCCGUUUAGUACGUGUCAGUAGCAUUUAGCAGAGGCUUAUUAGCUUUUUAUUGCACUUACAAGUUACUGUACAAUAAAUCCCAAAAUGUCUCUCGAGGGUUUGCUUAACAAGAAAUACAAGCUGGCUACCAGUGAUAAAUUCGACGAGUACAUGAAGGCUUUAGGUGUAGGCUUGGUAACCAGGAAACUUGGCAACACUGUUUCACCAGUGGUGGAACUGAAAAAGGAAGGUGAUGAAUACAUCUUGACAUCCAACUCUGCAUUUAAGAACAUUGUCACCAAAUUUACACCUGGAGUGGAAUUCGACCAGGAGACUCCAGAUGGCAGGAAAGUUAAGUCCACUAUCACUAUUGAGGGUAACACCCUGAAAGAGGUGCAGAAGGCCGGAGAUGGCAAAGUGACCACCAUUGAUAGGACCUGGACUGAUGAUGAAAUUAAAAUGGUUAUGAAUAUUGGAGAUAUUACCGCUACUAGAAUCUACAAGGUUCAACAGUAAGACCACUACAACAUUCAAUAAGACUCUGUUAGGUUAUUAAUUUAAAAACAUUGUUAUUUUUUCUAUUCCAAUGUUACUUUUUCUUAUGAAUAAUGUAUAUCUAGGUAUCAGUAAUUGUUAAUCAUUAAUUUUUGGUACUAUUUAAUAGAAUAUUUAGUUAGUUUAAUAAAUACCUAGAUUUUAUAUUUUGAGUAAUAAAUUCUCAUCACAGACUAAA